AUGAUUGAAAUCACUGUAAACGAUCGGUUGGGGAAGAAGGUUCGAAUCAAAUGCAAUCCGACAGAUACGAUAGGUGAUUUGAAGAAGCUGAUCGCUGCACAGACAGGAACAAGGUAUGAAAAGAUCGUUCUGAAGAAAUGGUACACGAUUUACAAGGACCAUAUUACUCUACAGGAUUACGAGAUUCAUGAAGGCUUCAAUUUCGAACUGUACUACCAAUAA